ACCUUAUCAAAGACAAAGAAGAAAGGAAGGGGACAUAAGGAGGCUAUUGUAAAUGCAAUAAGGCAAGCCGCGGAGGAUUACAGUUCGAUAUAUGUCUUCUCUUUUGAGAACAUGAGAAACCUUAAAUUCAAGGAGUUUAGAGAGCAGCUCAAAGCUACCAGCAGAUUUUUCCUUGGGUCAAACAAAGUUAUGCAAGUUUCUUUAGGUCGAUCUGCUGCUGAUGAAAUCAAACCCAGUCUUUACAAAGUUUCUAAGCUUCUGCGUGGGGAUUCUGGGCUUUUCUUUACCAAUAUGCCAAAAGAAGAGGUUGAAAGGUUGUUUAAUCAAUAUGAAGACUAUGAUUUUGCGAGAACAGGAAGCGUUGCCUCGGAAAAGGUGGAGCUAAAAGAAGGCCCUUUGGAACAGUUUACCCAUGAGAUGGAGCCCUUCUUACGUAAACAAGGGAUGCCCGUUCGUUUGAAUAAGGGAACUGUGGAGCUAGUUUCAGACUAUGUUGUUUGUGAAGAGGGGAAGCCGUUGUCACCCGAGGCUUCUCGCAUACUGCGAUUAUUGGGGAUCAAAAUGGCUACUUUUCGAAUGCAAUUGAUCUGCAGAUGGAGUCUUGAUGAAUUUGAACUCUAUAUUCAAGGAUUAGAAGAUUCAGAUGUUGAGUCGUCCUAAACACCGAUUUUGGUAGUUGUUCUACUCUAUGUUUUUUAGUGCAAAGUAUGCUUUAGUUGGAGUACUAAAUCGUUUAUUGGAAUUUUGUUUUCCUUUUAUAUGGUGUGAUGCAUGUAUUCUGUAUCAGUAGCGUUGCUCUUAAUGCCUAAGUUCUACUUUGGUCGGCACAUACAAAGUUUCUCAAAUUUUAUUUUUUAAUGUUACAAAGUUUCUCAAUUUA